AUGGCUUCAAGACUGGCAUCCUUACUUCCCAAAUUGAUAUCUGAAGAGCAAGGGGCUUUCCAAAAGGGUAAAGUUAUUUUCUCAAACAUUUCCCUUGCAUCUAAACUGGCCAAUGUAAUUCCUAUUAAGUCUCGUGGUGGGUCUAUGAGAAUUAAAAUUGAUAUACAAAAGGCUUAUGAUUCCCUGGAAUGGGAAUUUCUUUUUGAUGUAUUGGAAAAUUUUUGUUUUGCUGAUAAGUGGAUUCAUUGGGUUAGACAAAUUUUAAUUUCGGCCAAUAUUUUUGUGCAUGUGAAUGGUGGUUCAUAUGGGUUUUUCAAAGCUGAAAGAGGCCUUCACCACGGUGAUCCUUUAGCACCAUUACUCUUCAUCAUUGCAAAAGAAGUUCUAUGCAGGGUUAUCAGACAUAUAAAAAACAUGAAGAGCUUUCUUGUCUAUUAUCAAAAGUAUUCUGGUCAGUUGAUGUAUCAGGGAAAGAUUGAGAUUUUCUUUGGAAGAAUUCCUGGCACAAGGAAAAAUGAGGUAUUUAGAAUUUUGAAAUUUACUGAAUGUUGCUUACUAACAAAGUAUCUUGGUAUCAAUAUCUUCAAGGGCCGGUUUAAAAAAGAGCACAUCUUGGAAAUGGUGGACAAAUUUAAAGCCAGAAUUUCAAGCCGGAAAGUUUGGGACUUGGUUACGGAUAAUGAGCACUGGAUUAUUGGUGAUGGUUCCAAGAUAAAUUUUUGGAAGGACAAGUGGAUGGGGGAAAUUACUAGAGCAGAAGCUUCAGCUCUUAAUGCUACGGUGUUUCGAAACUUUAAUGCAAGGCCAAGACACAUAGUCUUUGGCUGGAGGCUUAUGCAGUUAAAGUUACCUACUGAUGAUUCCUUUACUUCCAAAGGAAUUCCUUUAGCCUCUCAAUGUUUGCUAUGCUUCAAGAUGGUUCUUGAAGAUAUUUGGCAUACAGGUGUGGCCGAAUGUUUUAAAUUUGUAGGAUCUAUCUCAGUGGCGGAACAACAAGGUAGAACAACUACCUUUUCCACAAAUCUCGAGAAGUGGAUUUAUACUUAUGCAAUACCACAUCUGGGGGAGAGGAACUCAAGACGAUUUAAUAUACAAAAGAGGAUAUCCCUUGUGGUCAUCACAAGUAUCAAAAAAGACAUUAUGGAAGCUGCAAGAGGGAUGAAGAACUUAUCACCGAAAAUUCCUUUAGAUCUCCAAAUCUUGAGCACCUUUGAUAUCCCUGAGGGACGGUCAAGGCCAAAAACUCCCGUGGCAAUCAUAUGGAGCAAGCCUGUCGAAGGAUGGUUCAAGCUAAAUGUUGAUGGUUGUGCUCUGGGCAAUCCGAAUCAUUCUGGGGCGGGUGGUGUUUUCAGAAAUUCAAUGGGCAUAUCAAGUUGGACUUUUUCAUCGUAUCUGAGUAAUACAACAAAUUUCUUCGCAGAAUUUUCUGCUCUGUUUCAAGGUAUUGAGAUUGCAAAGGAGAAAGGUGUGGAAAGGUUUUUGAUAGAAUGUGACUCAAUAGUUGUUAUUGAAGCAAUUAAAGGCAGAAAAAUCCCAUGGAAAUUUUCACAAAAAUUGCUUAUCCUUCGGACUUAUUUGGAUGAUAUACUUUGGAAGAUAACACACAUCUUCAGGGAAGGAAACAAUGUGGCUGACCUACUAGCAAAGAAAGCUACAUAUUCUCGACUGACCAAUUUUUGGGACUAUCCAUCUAAUUAUGCUCGGACUGAGAUCACUUGGGAUCUCAUUGAGUACAAAAGAUUUUGA